AUGGCUGAUGUUCGCGCACUCCUCAAGGCCAAACGGCAAGAAGUCCGCAUUAAUCACCCUCUGGCUGCGUACUCUCAAUCGGGUCAGCUGAGAUGCACUGCAUGCAGCUCCAUCGUAAAGCAUGCAUCCGCAUGGGAGGGUCAUCUGGGAAGUAAAGCACACCGCACCAAUGUCGCGCGUCUGAAGAACGAGGAGAGGUUGCGAGAAGAGCGGAAGCAGCAGCAGGCACUGGCAGACCAGCAUCUAGAUCAGCCAAAGGAGACGAUUGGGGAAAAGAGAAAGUCCGUGGAUCCUCCAAUAGACACUGAAGGAGGUGCCUCCAAGAAAGCCCGAAUCGAACAGUCCUUCCCGUCAGAUUUCUUCUCAGACCCAUCUCAGGCUCCUGUUCUCACACAAGACGGAUCUGAUGAUGAAGACGAAAACAUGGAAGUGGCCCCUCCAGCCAUACACCCAUCGACUCAAGAAAAGGGACUCGACGAUGAAUGGGAACGUUUUCAGCGCGAAGUAGUCAAUGCGCCCACGGAGGAGCCCGAUACACGCGAAGUCUACGAACGAGCGACUAUCAUGGUCGAUGCAGAGAUGACCGACGUCACGGUGGGUAUGCCCGCUGCUCCAGAUGCGGAGGCUGCGAAGGAAGAAGUAGUGGACGAGGAGACUCUGAGGAGGAACAAGGAACAGGAUGAGAGGGAGUUGAUCAUGGACAGAUUACUCGAGGAAGAGCGGGCGCAGGAGGAUGCUGACAUGAAGGUUGUUCAGAUGAAAUCCAGGUUGGAAGCGUUGAAGAAGAGACGAGAAAUGAGGAAGCACAAGGAGUAG